CCUCGCCUCCCGCCCAGGAUGAGACUUCAGUGAGCAGUGAAGAUUUUGACAUGAACGACUCCACAUGGAUGUCAGCUGACCCACACCUGGCCUCCAGCCUGAGUCCUAGCCAGGACGCGAGGAUGCGGAGCCCGCAGAACCUCCACAGCCAAGAGGAUGACGACACCUCCUCCGAGAGCGGCAGCGGCAAUGGCUCCUCCACCCUGAACCCGUCCACAUCGAGCAGCACCCAGGGUGACCCCGCCUUCCCCGAGAUGAAUGGCAACGGUGCUGUGGCCCCCAUGGACUUCACUGCCACCGCCGAGGACCAGCCCAUCAAUCUGUGUGACAAGCUCCCGCCAGGCACUGCGCUCGGCACACCCUCCUACCCCUCGGACGGCUGCAGUGCGGACGGACUGCGGAGUCGAGUCAAGUAUGGGGUGAAGACCACCCCCGAGUCCCCCCCCUACAGCUCCGGGAGCUACGAUUCUAUCAAGACGGAGGUCAGCGGCUGCCCUGAGGACCUGACAGUGGGCCGGGUACCCACCGCAGAUGAGGACGACGAUGACCACGAUGACCACGAGGACAACGACAAGAUGAAUGACUCGGAGGGCAUGGACCCGGAGCGCCUCAAGGCUUUCAACAUGUUCGUGCGUCUCUUCGUGGAUGAGAACCUGGACCGCAUGGUGCCCAUCUCCAAGCAGCCCAAGGAGAAGAUCCAGGCCAUCAUCGAGUCGUGCAGCCGGCAGUUCCCCGAGUUCCAGGAACGUGCCCGCAAGCGUAUUCGCACGUACCUCAAGUCCUGCCGGCGCAUGAAGAAGAACGGCAUGGAGAUGACCAGACCCACUCCUCCCCAUCUGACCUCGGCCAUGGCAGAGAACAUCCUGGCAGCUGCCUGUGAGAGCGAGACGAGGAAAGCAGCCAAAAGGAUGCGUCUGGAGAUCUACCAGUCCUCACAGGACGAGCCCAUAGCCCUGGACAAGCAGCACUCCCGGGACUCUGCAGCCAUCACCCACUCCACCUACUCACUGCCAGCCUCCUCCUACUCCCAGGACCCUGUGUACGUCAACGGCGGUCUCAACUACAGUUACCGCGGUUAUGGGGCCUUGGGCAGCAACCUGCAGCCCCCUGCUUCCCUCCAAACAGGAAAUCACAGUAAUGGGCCCACGGACCUCAGCAUGAAAGGCGGGGCCUCCAGCACCUCCACCACGCCCACCCCCACGCCCUCCAGCAACAGCACCAGCAGGACCAUGCCCGCCGCCCAGCUCAGCCCCACGGAGAUCAGUGCUGUGCGGCAGCUCAUCGCCGGCUACCGAGAGUCGGCCGCCUUCCUCCUGCGCUCCGCGGACGAACUGGAGAACCUCAUUUUACAGCAGAACUGACCCCCGCAACUGGAGUGCACGGCCCUCGGGGAGGAGGCCGCCCGGGCGGGCCCAGCGUCCUGCCUCACCAGUUGGUACAUUUGUUCUUGAGAGAGGUGGGAUCCCAAAAAGCUGUUUCUAGCCACACUCCAAGCACCUGAGACUUUGGGCACAAGGACACUUUUUUUUGGAAUCUCACCACACGGGUGCUCUGACCUGCUUGGAAGAGGCCACAGGCAGCUUUGGAAGGGCUGGGGCGCCCGACCCGGCACUGGGCUGCAGCUCUGUCUAAACUUUCGUGGACCCUGAUGUUAGAAUCCUGCCCCAGAUAAUUACCUUUCAAGUCUUAGGUGAGCAGAAUUGCAUAUUUAUUGAGAAAAGCAAAGUGGACCCUCUCUUCCUCUACCCUUAGUAAUUUAUUUUUCUGAAAAUGGAUUCUUUGUGUUUGUACAGAUUGCCAGUCUGUGUCUGUCUGAUCAGAAGGGUGUGUCCCUGUGACCUAACAUUCCAUAGCACUACACUGACGUGGGCUGGGCCGCCAGGGCAGGGUAGGUGGCUGGUGGGCAGCCCUCAGAGUGCACAGCGCACCCUUGAGGGGUGGCCACCCAGCCAGGCUGUCCUGCUGCCGAUCCCAGCACCGCUGCAGGGGCGCUGCGGGCACCUCCACAGGCACUGCCACGUGGGAGGGCCUCUCACACCCAUUGCAAAGCAAAAACAAAGCACCCCCACCCCAUGCUCCAGAAGCCCCAGUCCCACGUUCACCCGUAUUCUACCUCACACUCCAGCGUGGGCUUUUUCCAGGAUGUGCCCUGAGCCUGUUCCGAAUGGCUGUCUCCCCACUCCCCUGCACAGUGUCUGCCUGCCUGGGAGGUAAGUCCAGACUGGGGGUCCAGGAGCUACGUCCAGGGCGCCCCUUGCCCUCAUAACCAGCUACUUGCAGCCCCUGGCCCUGCCCUCUCAGCUGCUCUAGCGGACAGUGGUGGGGGAUGAGCCAGACAGCAAGGCCCUUGCCCUCACCCUGCUCCCAUGUCUGGGGCCCUUGGACCCCUGCCGAGAAGGGCCUGUUUCUUCAGGGUGAGAGCCCGCUGUCAGGCAGCCCAGGCCAGGGAAGGCAGCUGCCUUUGUGCUCCUGGCCCUGUGGGUGGAAUAAAGGGAUCAUCAACAGAAGUGGAGAAGCCACUUUGGUGUACCUAGGACCAGCCCUUCUUCUGGAGGUGCCAGUCCUGGAACAAACCCAUAAUCCCUGGAGUGUGAAAAAGGGCAAAACGAAAGGCUGGCCUGGUUUCCUUCCUCCCUGAUAGGCACUUCCUCUUGCUCAGUGCAAUACCUACCAGUGCUGCUAAAACCAGGGACUCACCCGGACCUCAGAAGGCCCCCGGGGCCGCUCCACGAACCAUGUUCUGUAGCCAUGACCGCAGCCCCGCUGUCCCCAUGCACAGGCGCACUCCUCCUGCCUGUCC